AUGACCACGGACAUCAUUUCGAGCUUGACCGACGAACAUCAAGGCAGAUGUUCAGACUCGGAUGAUGAAGAUGGAGAUUGGCUUGAUAAUGGUGAUAUUGCGGACCAUGUGGGUUUAGCUGGCGUGAAAAGCACUGAGUUCGACGUGGGUAAAGAUAUUAACAUAUCAUCCACGUACCUCCUCGAUAUUUUGUCGGACCACGCUCUACAGCCCACGGCUGCUUGCGGAGGUCUGUCGACACCAAAGGUGAUGGCUGCCACAACUUCAUCCUCGACACCGAUGGAUGACGACGAGUGGGAGGAAUGGUGA